AUGCCUCUCCCAGGCGCAAACCCUGCACAAAAAACGAAUUUCAUUAUUCGUGCUCCCCCAAAGCGAUCCGAGAAAGUCAACGUAACACGUGUAUAUGGCGCAACAGCAUCCCAAGUCGUCGCUUUCCACCCUCAAUUUGAUGUCGCGGAUCAGCUCCUUGUAUGGUACGCAGUGGACUGCAUGACGGAUGGAUUCGGACGCGUCGCGCCGCCUACAUGA